AUGGACUUUGCCGCCUCACUCAUCUACACCCCUACUCUUACCACAAACAUCAUGGAGUCAAAUCAAAUUCCCUUCCUAUCGCAUCUCCCAGACAAUACACCAAACGUCACUGCGUCUACAUCCCGCGCUGUCAAAGAUGCCAUCCGCACGUAUUUCGAUGAAGACGGACCCAUCUCAGACUACGUCAUUAUAUCCGACGUCAAACAGCAAGUUGUGGAUGGACUGAUCGAAGAUCCAAGACUUCAUGGACGAAUCAACAUGCGCAUGUUUUACAACGAAGACAUUCGAAAGUUGAUCGUCAAACUACCCAGAGCAGAGCAUGAAAAAGCCACCCAUGCGCUUUCCAAACUCAUCUACGAUGAAACGUUUAUCCAGGGUAUGAAUUAUGACUUCACCCCCUGCGGGGCUACUACCUUCCGUAGUGCGCCAUACUCCAAAGAAGGAGAUAUGUCAUUCAUGCCCGAACGUCCUCUCCUUGGGCGAAAUCAAUCUUGGCCUACUGUUGUUAUUGAGACAGGUGCAUCUGAGAACAUACAUCGUCUUCGACUCGAGGCGGAAUGGUGGAUAACCCAAUCUCGGGGGUUGGUCAAAACAAUCGUCAUCAUCUCUAUUGAGCGUACGGACCCUCGCAUCGCUUUUGAAGUUUGGAAGCUCCAAGCCGCUGUGUCCCAGCAUCAUCAUCAGCGCUAUGCACUUCGGACCUUUGGCACACCUAUUGUUCCUACCAAGGCUCAGGAAGUAGUGAUGCGUCGAUCUGGAAACGCGACGGUGACAAACGGAGCCCCUCUCAUCAUCUGCUUCGAGGAUCUUUUUCUGAGGACCCCUUCAUCUUCAGUUGAGAAGGACUACAGCUUUAAUGCUGUUCAGCUGGAAGAAGUGGCUCACCGGGUCUGGCGUGGACAGGGAUUCAUGUAG